CCGUUGCAGUAGGGAGUCGAAGGUAGUCACGGGUGGAAUGAAGAGUGAUCUAUUUUGUAGACAAAAAGGGAUCUGAAUUCCAAUUAUUUUCGUUCAAAUAUUAUAUAACAUGCGUGCUUGGAUCUGAAUUCCAACGGCAAUUACAUCAUGAUAAGAUUAUCAAGAAUUAACGUUGGAGCAGCCAAGCUGUCUUCCUCCACGUGCUGUUACUCGCUCUGAGACGCGCAACUAUCGAGCUCAGUCUCGUUGUCUAUAGGACCUCGCAUGCCCAUCGUCGAGCUCCGUCACUGCGAAGAGCCAAAGGAGGAAGAGAUCGGAUCGACUUAGAAUUCCCACCGUAAAUGGGUUCGGAGGAAGGCGGCUCCUCUUCGCCCCUCCUCCGCCGGCCCACUUUGUUCCCCAGAAGCCCCCAAAGCUCCCUCUUUUUCUGCUUCGCCCUUCUCCUCCUCCUCGCUGCAGCCGCCCUUUUCCUCUCCUCGCUCCUCUCUUCGACGCAGGAUCAUCGCCCCCCGGCCGCUCGACCCCUCGCCAAGCUCUCCCGCCCCGUCGUGCUCCUCAUCUCCUCCGAUGGAUUCCGCUUCGGUUACCAAUUCAAGGCGCCCACCCCCAACAUCCGCCGCCUCAUCGCCGGCGGCACCGAGGCCGAAGAGGGCCUCAUCCCCGUCUUCCCUACCGCCACCUUCCCCAACCACUACUCCAUUGUCACCGGUCUCUACCCGGCCCACCACGGCAUCGUCUACAAUUACUUCGUCGACCCGGUGUCCGGAGAUCACUUCACGACGGGGAGCCACGAGCCUCGGUGGUGGCUUGGCGAGCCGCUCUGGGAGACCGUCGCCGCCCAGGGGUUCAACUCUGCCGCCUACUUCUGGCCGGGAUCCGAGGUGAUCAAAGGUUCGUGGACAUGCCCUGCCAAAUUUUGUCCCAAAUAUAAUGGAUCCGUGCCCUUUGAGGAAAGGGUUGAUACUGUCUUAGGGUACUUUGAUCUACCCAAAGAUGAGAUGCCUGCUUUCAUUUCGCUCUACUUUGAGGACCCGGAUUCACAAGGUCAUAUCGUCGGGCCUGAUCAUCCGGAUAUUACUAAGGCUGUAGUUCGAAUCGACGAGAUGAUAGGCAGACUGAUCUCCGGAUUGGAGAAAAGAGGAAUCUUUGAGGAUGUGACCAUAAUUCUGGUUGGCGAUCAUGGCAUGGUCGGCAAUUGUGGUGGCAAACAGAUCUAUCUUAAUGAUUUAUCCCCAUGGAUUAAUAUCCCAGAGAGUUGGGUACAGUCGUACAGUCCUCUGCUUGUGAUCCGACCCCCUGAGAAUGUCUCCUCCUCAGAUGUGGUGGCCAAAAUGAACAGAGGGUUGAGUUCGGGCAAAGUCAACAAUGGUAAGUAUCUGAGAGUGUACCUAAAGGAGGAUUUGCCUGAUCGACUACAUUAUUAUGCGAGUUAUAGGAUUUCACCAAUCGUUGGUUUAGUAGCUGAAGGGUAUAAAGUGGCACGGGAAAUGACAGACACUUGCGAGUGUGGAGGAGCCCAUGGCUAUGACAAUGCCUUCUUUUCUAUGAGGACCAUCUUUGUGGCCCAUGGACCACGGUUUGAGAGGGGCGCAAAGAUUCCAUCAUUUGAGAAUGUGGAGAUAUACAAUUUGGUCACAGCCAUUCUUAAGCUACAGGGUGCUCCGAAUAAUGGGUCAGCAUCAUUUCCCAAUUCUGUCCUUCUGCCAAGUUAUUGACAUGUAGGCCGUGGAAACUUGUUUGCUAAAAUGGUUGUCAUGUGCACAGUUAAUUUAAGUUCGACCUUUAUGUAAUCACUAUGAUGACUAUUCUAUCCAAUGGACAAAUUUUCAGUAA